CUCGGAUACCAUUCUCUGAGCUAGUUCAGUUUGCGUUUGUUGCCCGUGAAGGAUGCCUUCUGCCAACCCCAAACUAGAGAAACAGGCCUCUACGGAGACCGCGGAACCCAUACGCCAAGCGAUCGUCGUAAUCGAGCACAAGAUACGGAAUCUCGAGAAGCGUAAGGGUAGGCUAGAGUCGUACAGGGAUCUGCAGAAGAACGGGAGAGAGCUGAACUCUGACCAAAAAACAGCAGUUGCCAAAUAUGAUGAAGUGCUCCAGACCUUGGAUAUUACUCGGGACCUAUACAAGCAAAUUGUCGCUAUCGCCAAUGAUGCGGUCAAACAGCAAAAGAAGUUGGCGCGAAAGGAAGCCCUUGAACGAAUGCAACAGGAUAUCGCAAAAGUACGAGAAGUGCUCCUUAUUCAAAACACCUUGACAAACAUGGGUACUGAUUCUGCUAAGGAUGAUUUCCUUAAUGGCAAAAACGGUGCUAUAAAGCUGUCGGAGGAAGAAUUAAAGUGCCUGGACAGCUUUUGCAAUGAAAUAACGGCAAAACAUCAACGCGAGGAAGGUGAGCCAACUUUCCUUCAGCAAGUUCAGAAAGUCGCGGAGCAUUAUAUUGCGCUUAUUGAGGGAAAGCAACGUGAAGUAGUUGGCACUACUUACAACAAGUUGAAGGACAUCAUUGCGAAUAUCAAUCAGUGCGGCUAUUUUGAUCAGGUUCACGAAUCCGAGACUGCACCUGCAGAAGAGGUUAUCGAAGUUCUAGCUGAAACACAAAUUACUGAUGCGACAACGGCGCAGGAACAAGUGAAUGAAGAAUACAACAGCAACGACAGGCACAUUCCACCGGAAUCCAUGAUACCCAUUCCAAAUUUUCCCGUGCAAGUUGCCCCUCUUCCCGUUGUUUCCGGUGCCGCACCAGUCUCGGGACCUAUUCCGGUUGUACCGCAACCUAUACCGCCGCACCCAGCUGCCCCGGUCGAUACUCCUUACUACACGAACGCUACCAACUUUGUUCCGCAGCAGCAACAACAACAACCACAGCAGAACCAACAAUCUCAACAACAACCACCGCCAGCUCCUAGAAUCAACGACGUUAUAGGCACGCCGAACUUCUUCUUUUUGCAGGAGUCCGAGCUCGAUUCGCCAGACGUCACGUCACAGGCACCUAUCGUACCGCACAUUCCUCCCGCAGUUAAUGCGCCGAUUCCAUCGCAGACCUUCACGAACCAGAAUUUCGCAAACGCACCUGUUGGCGUACCCCAGCAAGUUAUAUAUCAGCACCAGCCGCCACAAGAUAUGUCACACAUUCCCGGAUUUGCAAAUCCUAAUCCACCACCGCCAAUCCCGAUGCCACCCUCUCAUCAACAGUCGAACAUGCAGUACAGUCCGCAGCAUCCAACUGGUUUCCAACCGCAACAGUCACAGCAGCAGAAUGGAGGACAGCAACUACCUCAACCAGGGCAGGCGCAAAACUUCGAACAGACGCCCCAUCAACAACAGGAACCUCAAGCGUCCACUGAGGAGAAAACUGAAAAUGGUUCGAGUGAGACUAAUGCCGUUAUGGAAACAGAACUGGAACAACAAACUGAAUCUGUGGACUGGUGCCAGAUGACCGAAACUAAUGAUUGGAAUCAAUCCGAUCAGCAACAACAAUCUGCUCAAGAUUCUCAACAAAUAUCACAACAACAAACAUCUCAACAGACUUGGGCUGAUCAACGUGGCGGAUAUAGAGGAAGGGGAGGCAGAAGAGGAACCUCAAACGGCUAUAACGGUAGAGGCAGGGGUAAUUACCAGCAAAAUGGACGUGGAGGACAAGGCACAUAUUAUCGCAACGACAGUAAUUACCAAAAUGGAUAUCAACAACGUUCUUGGGUGAACAAUGACGGAAAUAAUGGAUACAAUAGUGGUUUCAAGCGUGGUGGACCCAGGGGAGGUCCACGAAGCGAGCGUGGCAUAGAUCGAGGUGGUCGUGGGCAAUUCCGUGGCCAAAGAGGGGGUAAUCGAGGCGGAUAUGCCCCACGUGGCAAGCCCCAUACGCAACAAUAAACGAGAAAAGGAAAAGAGGAGGACGUAUAAAUGCACAGUGAAAUAUUAUAUAACGAUGUUCUUACGAUUCAACUGUCUGUUUACGAAAAAGCUUAAGUCGAAAUAAUGCAUUUGCAAUACGAAGUGAGACUUCAAGUUUAGGUACCGUGCAGUAUCGCGUGCAUGAGUAUUAUAUAUAAUAACUUUGAUAUUAAACAAACGAUCUUUAAGUGAGAUAUGUAGUUUUUGUAAUAUACAGAAAGAUCUGUAUAACGUGUUUUUUAUCUAUUACAUAUAUUCACACGUUGCAUUAAAUAAUUUCACGGGAAUAAAGUUGAUUAGUUAUAAAACGAGACAUAGUUUUGCAUCUGAUGCAACACCUACGUAUGUCCUACGCGAUGUUAAUAUGAAAAAAAAAGAAAAAAAAAUUUGACGAACCCCCUCAAACACGUGUGCUAAUAUUUGCUUGCGGCUUAGGAUAUUUCUUAAAUAUGACAUUGAACAAAUGAAACUUUUGCAUUUGAAUUUAGUAUCUUCAAUCAUGAGGAUUAAAGUUGAUACAAAGAUGACGCAGAAAGGGAACAUUGUGAUAUAAACGGAGCUGUACCAAAUUCAGAAGUGUGAACCUACCAUUGCAAGUAUUAUUGUGUUGUGACAGAAGGCAGGUUUCACAGGGCAACAACAGCUAAUCUGUAAAGAUUAGAAGAAAUAUAUAUAUAAUAAUUUUAUUAUAAAAAAAAUAAAAAAAAAAGAGAACUCUCACCUAACAAACAUUUCACGCAAAGACAAACAAAACGUAUUUAAAGAGUAACGUUAAGAUUACAAGUAUAUAGGCGAUCUGCACGACCAUCUCUUCGUCUUGCGGCGCAUCGUUCCAGAGAGAAUUUUCUAAAAUACCAGAAAAAAGAGGAUACAAGCGAGCAAUGCCUUCUACUGCUAAAUAUUAUAUCUUCUUGAUUUCAUAUCCCGAUCUGCUAAGUAGUGGUUAUAUAAUUUUUCUUUAAAAGCGAAAACGUGAAAAAUGGAGAGUUGCACGUGAACUUAACUACCUUAGUGUGAUCAUGGAACUUUUCACAUUUCCGCUUUUAGGUAAAAGUUACGUGAUCGCCAUUCUUAUUGGCGUAUGAAUUGGAGAGGCUUAACGAGAUAGAUGGUUAACAAAUUUAUCGUGAGAUUUAAGUAGUUCAAGAGUUGUAAAUGAUUCACGGAUAUGUAAAUUCUGUAAAAGGCAUUUUUCACAUAGUGUAAUAUGUGUUGUGACACCGUAUACAUUAUUUAUGUGUCGCUCCCGCUUCUGUUUUUUCUGCGUGAUUCCAAAAAUUCUUCACGGUCGUCGCCCAUGCAAUUGGCCAAACGAAAGAGAUCGCGGUGCAAUGUCCUCGUUUAACGAUGCGAUGCAUUACCUGAUUUUUUGUAUUACGAAACAAAAAAGAAUAAGAGGAAAUGAAUGAUUAUUUUUAAAACCGAGGAAGCGACAGGCGCGCGGAGCUUUAGAAUAAGUCAAGUUCGGUGUAUAAUUACUAGAGAGAGAGAGAGAGAGAGAUUGAUUGAUUGAUUGAUUGAAAGAAAGAUUGAAAGAGAGAGAGAGAGAGAGAGAAAGAGAGAGAAAGAAAGAAAGAGUAUACGCUUUUCACAGCGUAUUGCCGAAUAAGUCACGCUCCACACCGCUAAACACGUGAUGAAGAGUACUAUUUAAUUGUAUCUCGUUUGUACAUUUGUGUUUAAUCACUCCCCUCUUCUCCCUCUUCCCGUCUAAAAUUAUGUUAAAUUAUCCUAUAAAACUACUUAUGUAUCUUCCAAAUAAAGAUCUAAUUGAUCCCUGCUAA